UCUGUACUGCAUAAAAAAAAAAAUCUCAAAGGGUAUUGUUCUAACAAAGCAAUGGAAGUGUACUCUACCGUCUCUAUCAUCGUUUCCGGCUCUCUUCCUCAUGUUUCCUUCGCCGGGAUUCAUGCUGGAAAUCGAAUUUCCGGCGAACUCCGGCAUCUGGGUCGUGGAGUAUUCAAUGUUUCUCUGAGAACCAGAAAUGUUUCGCGGUCUUUGAGGGACUCUUCGAUGUCUUCUCGGAUGGCUCUUGGCUCGAAUUUAAGUGAAGAUACUGAUGAUAUGUUCGAUAACUUAUUUGAAAGAUAUGGAAAAGUGAUCUUUACCAGAAAUGACCAAAAGCCUUCAAGUGCAGAGGUUGCUGAUGAUGCUGAAAGCUUGUCCUUUGCUGUGGCAGCGGCUAAGGUUGCAAGUGAUGUGAAGGCUGCAGACAUUAAGGUCCUCUUUGUGAAGCCUUUAGUAUAUUGGACUCGGUUUUUUAUCAUUGCCACUGCAUUUUCACGCCCUCAGAUUGAUGCUAUUGGGUCCAAAAUAAGAGAUCUAGCUGAGGAAAAAUAUGGAAAAGUUGCAUCUGGGGACUCAAAACCCAACUCCUGGACCUUAUUGGACUUUGGUGAUGUAGUGGUCCACAUAUUUCUCCCUCCACAGCGAGCUUUCUACAACUUGGAAGAGUUUUAUGGCAAUGCAACACUCAUUGAACUGCCUUUCGAAAACCAACAACCAUUUCGCAGUUGAAAUCAGUUUCCAAAGUCCCCGAGAGAUAUUAAAGGCUAAUGGCAAUGGGAUCUUGAUGAAUCAACAUGGAAGAGGAGGCAAAUCCAUCUCUGCUUCUUUUGGUUUGUCUACUAUCAAUAUCAUCAUGAUGAUUAGGGAGCUGAAGAUUAGAUAGGUUGAAAUUUCCAUGCCCAGCCUGCUUGCGCAAAGUGAAGCAUUGUUAAUCAGAUGAAGCAGUAGUUGCAUAAGCAUUGAGGUUGUGUUAUUCUUUGCAGUGAAGAACCCUACUUAUUUCUUUGCUUGUAUAUGCAAAAAUCGUCACCACUUCAAAAGAAAGAAGCUUGAGAUGUUCCCUUUUGUUUCUC